AUGGCUUCUUUCCCAGAUAAUAGAAGAUUCGGCGUAACGGAUAUACGUGUGGUAACAGAUGCACACAAUGAUAUUUUCAAGACUCUCGAUAUGUAUUCUCCAUCUACAAGUGGAGAAUCCAAAGAUAUGGAGAUAAAUGCAGUCGGAAACUCACCAAUUACUCCAUUGACGGAUACAUCAUUUUCUCCACCUACAGGUCAUUGGGAUAUUGGAGAUAUUGUUCGAUAUGGAGAUAAGAAAUGGAUGAUGUUGGGAAGUGAUAAUGAAUGGCAUGAACAUGAAGGUGCAGACGAAUACUCAUCAGAGUAUCCUGGAUCUGAGAAAGUAGAGUUCUUUAGAGAGCAAGAGGAUUGGUCUGGAUACGGAGAGAAAAUGGUAGUUAGCACAAACUGGUAUGCAUAUCGUCGUUGGGAAGAGUCGGCACUAGAUGCGACAUUUGAGAAAUACAAGCUUGACGGUAAAGAUGAAGCAAAACUCAGGAAACUUAUAAAAAACAUGAUGAAAGGAAAAGUAAAGCCAACGAAUGUGGCUUGUUUUGCAUUAGGAUCUCUUCAUAGCUCUGUUAAUGAACCCAAAAGAUCUCUCCAGCAAUUUGCGGUGCUUCUUAAAUUCAUGGAGAUCUUAGACAUUUCACCAAACGCUAGGAACUUAAUGCAAGAUCCAGAGUUCUGCCCUCGAGAUGCAAGAUUCUUUGCAAAGUAUGGCUUUGAAACUGUACUGGAUCCCGAAGGAUUUGAUUCUAUUAAUGAAGAGACAUUAGUGGUUCAUAUCGGCGGCUACGACUUUAUAGAUCGACGAGCCGUGGAAAGUCAUUGGCCUGCGGCUCAUAUCAACAUGGGGUUCCCAUUUUUUACCCGAGGGCACAUUUUGCAAAAUAAGAGCAAAUUUGAGAAAAAAAUCUGGAAAUGGUUGUUUGGUACAAGACGAGAUUCAUUCAAGAGUCUCUUUAGGAAAGAAGAUGUUAAAGCCUGGUGGGAGUACAGAAUGGAACGUGCUUUGAUGACUAGAUCCUAUAGCUGGAGAGAUAUCCCUGAAGUUGGUAUAUGUGAUGGUAUGGCGAUGACACAGUUCUUUUGGAGAAGAGCAGUGGUUGGAGAAAGAUGCGAUUUUGUUGAAGCUGCGGGAGUAAUAGCAAACGCCAGCUUGCACUUGUUCACAGACGUGGUACCUAUGGCCAAACUCCUUCAUGAUCGGUCAAAGAGGUCAAAUCGGGAUGACGAUGAUGAUUGA